AUGAGAGUGUCGUCGGCAACCAUACCGAGGUAUUCUUCUUCUUCGCUCUCCUCGUCCUCCCCAGGUAAACGCCAUCAGUCCAGCCACGAAUACCCUCCGCUCGAGCUCCCUCUCCGAUGGCAUGAUCCACCGCCGAAGUAUCCACAGCUCGAGCAUCCGAUGCCAUGGCGAGAUCCUCCGCCUGAUCGCGAAGUUCGCAAACAUUCCUUGCCCAACCAUUUAUUCUGUAAUCAACCCGUGACUUUGGUCCGGGACUCGCCUCCGCUCAUCAAUCGGAGCGCCACCUUCUCUUGCGAUCUGAGUCCGCUCCCUCCGGCAUCACCGGAGCCCAACAACUCGCUUCCGCACCCGCCUCCACAGAUUACUUCCGCAUCCUCUGUUUCUCCUCCGAUCUCCUCUACUCCAUCCGAAUCCGCCUCCGCUCAUCAACGACUUGCUUCCGCAUCCGAGCGCGAUUCCGCGCCUGGCGAUGAGCGCAAACCCGCACCUUGCGACGAGCGCAAUUCCGCGCCUGGCGACGAGGGCGAUCCCGCGCCUGGUGACGAGCGCGAACCCGCGCUUGGCGACGAGCGCGAUUCCGCGCCUCGCGAUGAGCCCGAUUCUGCGCCUGAUCCUCUUAGUUGCUCUGAUGGCUCGCUUCAAAUCUUUGCACCGACUUCCGUCUUUCGAUCGCUUCUUCCCCAGCAGCCGGGCGAUGAGGGGCUUCAGCCAUCUGAUUCGGAUAUCAAACGGGAGCCAUACGCGCUGGAGAGGGGCGAUGUCGGGGUUCUGGAACGUGCCGCCGGUGACGAUGGAGGUGUGCGCUCACGCUACCUUCUGUGUCCCUCUUCUAGUGCAUCGCAUCCACCGGCUCCCCAACUGGAGACAGUUGUCGCCAUAGCCAAGUUACGAGGCGCUAAUGUUACAGCUGGGAGAUCGAGGGGAUUGCUCUGCAUGGUAGCAUAA